AUGUGAUAACAGUAAAAUAUAAGCAACAAUAAUAAAUAAUAAUAUUAAAAAAAAAAAUUAUAAAUAUUAUUUAAUUGUCAUUGAAUUUUAGUAAAAGUAACUGUUGGCAAAUCUCGUCUUAACUUCUCGAUAGUCCUUUUUACUGAAAAAACAACGACCGGUAUCGAAUCGACAUCCUUAUGACUGUUUAUAUACACGCAAGAGUAGCUAGUUUUAAAGUAAACUUUUGAUUUAUCAUUUUAUUUGUCUACAUUUUGUGAAAAAUUGAUUUGAUUAUCAUAGUUCUCUAAAAUUAAAUUGAAAAUGAGUAACGAAGAAACGAGUAUUCACUGGUUCCGGAAAGGUAUGCGUUUGCACGACAAUCCAUCUUUCAAAUUGGCUUAUGAAUCAAAAAAUAGUGCUGGUCAGUACUACAAACUUCGUCCUAUUUAUAUAUUAGACCCAUACUUUCGAAAACACAUUAGAGCUGGAAUGAACCGUUGGAGAUUUUUGCAACAAAGUUUAGUUGAUUUGGAUUUGUCGCUCAGAAAACUAGGUACACGGUUGUACGUUGUCAGAGGAUUACCUGAAGAUGUAUUUCCUGGUUUAUUUACAAAGUGGAAUGUGAAAUUAUUAACAUUUGAAUUGGAUACUGAACCGUAUGCCCGUAAAAGAGAUGAACAUGUAGAAAAUUUAGCUAGACAACACAAAGUCAAAGUGGAACAAAAGGUUUCCCAUACACUUUACAAUACAGAAUUAGUACUUAGGGCAAACAAAGGCAGUGUUCCUAUGACAUACCAAAAGUUUGUGUCUGUGGUUAGCUCUAUGCCAGAACCUCGUCGGCCUUUAUCGGCUCCGACCAUUUUACCUGCAGAAUGUCUUCUCAACGACGACCUUGAAAAUGAGGAAUAUGAUGUGCCGACAUUGGAUGAGCUGUUGACUUUAAAAGGUUUUAAUCCAGAAGACAUAAAGCCUUGCUUGUAUCCGGGUGGCGAAGUGGAAGCCUUAAGACGCUUAGAAGAAUACAUGAAAAAUAAGACUUGGGUUUGCAAAUUUGAAAAACCCAACACAGCUCCCAACAGCUUGAAACCAAGCACUACCGUGUUAAGUCCUUAUAUGAAAUUUGGAUGUUUGUCUAGUAGUUUAUUCUAUUACCGAUUGAAAGAAGUCAUUGGUAAUAGUGCACAUUCAAAACCCCCAGUGUCGUUGAUUGGUCAGCUGUAUUGGAGAGAGUUUUACUAUACAGUCGGAGCUGCUACUCCCAACUUUGAUAAAAUGCUUGGGAACCCAAUAUGCUGUCAAGUUCCGUGGGACAGCAAUCAAGAAGCGUUGGAAGCAUGGGCCAACGGUAAGACGGGCUACCCGUUUAUCGACGCCAUUAUGAGGCAACUGAAUGAUGAAGGUUGGGUGCAUCACUUAGCUAGACACGCAGUUGCUUGUUUUCUAACUCGUGGAGACCUGUGGAUUUCGUGGGAGCAAGGUUUAGCGGUUUUCGAAGAACUAUUAUUGGAUGCAGACUGGUCUAUGAACGCCGGUAACUGGAUGUGGAUGUCGGCAUCGGCGUUCUUUCAUCAGUUUUAUCGGGUUUACAGUCCAGUGGCGUUUGGAAAAAAAACUGACAAAAGUGGCGAUUACAUUAGAAAAUAUGUUCCAGAAUUAAUCAAGUAUCCUGAUGAAUAUAUCUAUGAGCCGUGGUCGGCACCGAAAUCAGUUCAGUAUAGAGCCGGAUGUGUGAUCGGCGUGGAUUAUCCAAAAAGAAUAGUCGUGCAUGAAGAAGUGUACAAAAUCAACAUAACGAAAAUGUCUUUAGCCUACAAAAACACAAAAGCGAUUAAAGAGAAAAAUGUUCAUCCGGCGCCAUCCCCAGAGGAAAAACAGAAAAAAAAACGCAAAUUCAAAUGACGAUUGGCUGUAUGGUUUUGUUAUUGUUUUACCGCAUGCGUCCUUUGCUUUAUAAUACACACUCAUGUUAAAAAUAUUUUGUUGAUUGUUAAAUUAUUAUUAUUUUUUUGUACCUAUUAAAAAAUAAGUAAAUUAUUAAAAAAUUUCAUACGUCGUCGUCGCGCGUU